AUGGCUGAAGAAGGGCGGGGAUACCAGGCCCCCGCGUCGGCGGCGUUAGACGCAUCGGACACGCAUCACAGCCGCAUCUGUGAACAGAAGGUCUACAGAGACCUUACCAUUGAGCAAAAGACCACAGAACCGACACAGAGGGAUUUCGCUGCACGGGGUCGCCGGAAGACGCGACGGUUCGCCUGGCGCGACAUGCCCUCUGCCGUGUCGCCCGCUUCUCUUCUCCUUCUCGUCGGUCUUCUGUCCCUCGGUUUCAGCCAUCAAGAAUUCGCAGCACGCUCGUUUUCUUCUCUGAGUUUCACCCAGAUAGCUGCCGCGGAGACGCGGUCGCCCGAGGCCUCGCCCUCAUCUUCCGCCGCUGACCUCGACUCUCCUUCUCGUGCCUCGUCUGCUCAUGCCUCGGUUCCUCACGGCUCUCUGUCGGGAGAUUCCGCUGCUUCUUCAGCUUCGCACGCUUCGUCCCUGCAUCACCGCAGAGAGACUUCGGAAGCUCAGCGAGAGAAGACCGGUGGAUGGCGAUCUCUGCCCUCCGCAGAAAAGACGCGUGCCCAGCCGCACCAGAGACACGACGCAGCCAGCGACGAGGAGCUGAGCACACGCGGAGACACAUAUGCAGCAGAGUCCGCGUCGCCUGGGGGCCGCCAUGGACCUUCCGCUCGACAGUCUUCCCACACUUCCUCUCUCUCGCGGGCUUCGCCCUCCGCUCUUCCGUCCGCCUCUGAGGCAACGGACUCUGCGGCGGCCGACUCCGCUGCAGCCGCGCCCGAUUUGCCUUCGCUGCGUGCAUCGCCCACAGGGUCUGAGGGGGCGGACGAGGAGGAGGUGGAAGGGCUGCGAGGUCGCGCACGCCACUGGCGCCGGCCCGACCCUGCGGAGAUCUCGCUGUCGCUUCGGCACUUUCUCUCUUCUUCUUCGCUCGCGCGUGAGCUCAUCCAUCUGCGGGCCUUCGGCCUCUCGUUUGAUGAACACCAGGCGCGGGCGCGCGUCCGCCUCUACGCCAUGGGGCGGGGCGGCCUGUACCCGGGUCGCCUCGGCAAGCGGAGUCGCCACCAUCGCCAUGCGCGCGAGGCUCACCGCGAGAACCGAGGCUCCGCAGAGGCGAUAGGAGACGUGUCUGCGACGGGAGCCGAGGCGUCGCCCGCGCCGGCGCCUGCGUCCUUUGCAGCGUCGCGGUCUCACGUCAGGGUCCGCGGCGGCCGCCCCUUGACUGCGACAGAGCACGAGGCGCUGAAGCGCGCGGCGCUGACGGCGCAGUUCAAUCGGCGCCACUUGCUGAAUAUACAGGCAGACAGCCUGCGCUUCGGCCGCAUGCGGCCGCUUGUUGAGGACGGCGAGACCGCGGGUGUGUACACGGUCAACGAGUGCGUAGCGGUUCGCUACGCGGACUACCCUAAGAGCUUCCCCGGCUACGACGAGGAGACAGAAAGCUGCAAGUGUCCCAGAGGCUGGAUUCCCUGCGGCGUCGCAGAUGCCAAGGCGCACGUGUCCGCGUGGGAGCCGGUCGUCUGGGAAGAAAACGCCGAUGCGGGAUGCACGCGCGAGCGCGGUGCAGUCAUGCUCGAGCACAUGAACUUCUACUCCUGUCCGCUGAAAGACUUUGUUGACUACACCGGGCCGAACGACGUCACCAUCCGGAACGAGCAGUGCAGACGCGCCGGCUUCGUCCUCUGCCGCGCCGCAGAGUCCACGUGCAUCACCGGCCCUUGGUCAGCGUGGACAAGUUGCUCUGUUCCGUGUGGCGAGGGCUACCAGUACCGCUGGCGCAUUCCCGCCGGCGCGACGAGCGACUCGGCAGGGAGCGUUCAGAGUGCGCGCGGCGUGUCCAAAGACGCCUGUGCGCCGUACCACAUGGAGGAGAGACGAAAAUGCAGCCGCGGGCCGUGCCCGAAAACCGUGCGAAACACGCAGUGCUUGUGGACUACGGUGCAAGUCAACCACGAGAACAACGGAUUCGAUGAAAAGAGAGGCAGCUGCACAUGCGGGAGUGGCGACGAGGAGGCGGACCUCGAAGAAGGCGACCUCAUGGUCCCCUGCACGCCGGAAGAGGCACUCGCCUCGAUGGACAGCUGGAAAACCCACCUGCGCAAAUACUGUCACUCGAUGCUCGGGCUUGGACGUCACAAUGCACUGGCGCUGCGCUUCCAUCCAUUCGGCUACCUCGUGCGCGUCGGCCUGGCGAACUUGUGGCAUUUGGACUGUACCGGCGGCUGGACGCGGUUCAACAUCUUCGAGGGGCGAAUGUUUUGCAAUAAGGGUGCGAAAAUGCUUUGCCGCGCAUCCACAGACGACGAGUACGUUCCCUUCAUUGCGGGUGGCUCGCCAGACGCAGACCGCAAGGAAGACGGGACUCUCGACGCCAGCGCCUCGAUGUUGACGCUGCACGGCCGCCGCCGCUCGGGUCGCCUUCUGCCUGCGUUUUCCGCGUCAUUUUCUGAGGCUGAAUCGAGCGCCUUGCCUUCUCCGGGGGCGGAGUCGCACACAUGGUUCGCCGCUCUCGCAGGCGCGCUUACGGCCAUGAUUCUCCUCGCGUGCUUUGUGAAGCGCGCAACGCUGUUUGCGCUGUGGCGGUCGGCGUGCCUCGUGGAGGGUGUCAAGGCAGGCGAAGAGGCGAAAGCGUUUGCGGCCGCAUUUGCGUGGAAGAAGCUCCGUGCGAAUCUGCGAGCCACGCCGCACGCACUGGCGUUUCUUCUCAUGGGAGCGUGGGGACGACUGCGCGAGAAAGUCCACGCGUGGGUGGAGACUGAAGAGCAGCGCAGGCAAAAAGAGGAGACGAAACGGGCGUCGCGCGUUUCGUUUUUCUUCCCCGACGAGGAGGAUGAAGAGGAGGAUCAAGUGCGAAGGCCGAGGCGGCAUCCCGUGUGCGAAGAGGAAGAGAGGCUGUUGCGGGGUGUGCGCGUCUACGCCUCGCGCGCUUCGACGCCGGACUCCUCCUUUUUAUCGUCGCUUCCACUGCUCGACGCGCUCGCCCGCCUGCCCCUGAUCUCUAUGCUUAUCGGGAAAAAGGCUGCGCCUGGCGCGCCGCGACCGGCUUUGGCACUGUGGAGAAAGAUUCAGGCUGCUUUCCUCUCGCCGGAAGAGCGCGAGAGGCGAGAGCGAAUGUGGCGCAUGGAGAGGGAAAAGAAGGAAGACGACGAGCGCAACCAGCGCAGCGCCCGAGACGCUGGCGUGGCGCUGCAUGGGAUGCAGACGACGCGGCGAAGACGGGUCUUCGCUGCGGCCGAAGGCGAGCGUUCGGCCGCGGCGAGCGCGUCGUCGUCGUCUUUCUUGUAUUCUCAGGAAGGCGAGACGCCGCUGCCAAGCGAGGAGGAAAAAGAUCGCCGACGGCGAACGAUGCGACGAAGAGGCAAGCUGGAAGCAGACGAGUUUCCGGGAUCGUCUUCUUCUACCUCAGACGGCGGGUCGCAGUCAGGGCCGGAGGAGGACGAUCACUACUCCAAGCUCUCGCCGGCAGAAAGGAUGCUGUUCUACCCUCGAGGCCGAAGGCGCACGGCUGAGAAACUUGUGCAACUGAACGCAGCUGCGCGGGCAGCUGCCGUCGCUGCAGUGACGCCAGAGUCCUUCGGGGCCUACUAG